CCCCCCGGCCCGCCCGGGGGCGGGGACUGCCCGCACCACGCGGCCCGGCGCAUUGUGGGCUCGUCACUGGCGGCGGCUGCCGGGGGCUGUAGUUCUGGGCGGGAGCCGAGCGGAAGCCAUCGGGGCCCUUCCGCAGCCGCCGCUCGGUGGCACGCGGGGCUGCAGCGGGAAGGAGCGGCGCCGGAGGGAGCGCAGCGCGGGCGAUGAUGGCUGAGCCGAGGAGCUGGUGAAGCUCCCAUGAAAUAUCCUGUAGCAACUUCUACUGCUCAGUAUAGCCCAGGUGGAAUAACCAUGUCCUAAGAUGGCAGUAAAUCUGGAGUAUGAACCAGCCUACAGAAGUGAGUUGAUGCCAGAUUUGUGAGUGUCUCUGUGGCUUGAUGGCUCUCACUCUAAACCAAAGCAGUCUUUUUAUCAAAGCAGUAAAGGAGUGGUGCACAAUGUGACUACAGAAUGCUCUUUCCAAGGAAGUGAACUGUGAAGGAAGGACUCAUGAGUUUUGCUCCCAGGGGCUUGGACAGCAUCCCUGAUGUCUGCUCCAAUGAGGACCUUCCUGAGGUAGAGCUGGUGAGCAUGCUGGAGGAACAGUUGCCAGAUUACAAGUUACGAGUAGACUCUCUGUAUCUGUAUGAAAAUAAAGACUGGAUUCAGUCCAGUCCUUGCCAUGGCCGCCUUCCGGAAAUCACUUCUCCGGCUCGUGAUGAGGAGUCCUUCCGUUACAUGACUCUUAUUGAACUUCCUUCCUCCUCCUUGGAUGGAUCUCACAAGUUUGCACAAGUUCUUGGCACAGGUAAUGCAGAACAGAAGACCUAUAGUGACGCUGACAUGGUGAAACGUCUGUUAGCUGAGAAAGAUCGAGACCUGGAACUGGCAGCUCGAAUUGGACAGGCCCUCCUUAAGCGAAACCAUCUGUUGAUGGAACAGAAUGAAGCCCUAGAAGAACAGUUAGGACAAACUCUAGACAGAGUUAACCAGCUGCAGCACGAGCUGUCAAAGAAGGACGACCUGCUGCGUAUUGUUUCAAUUGCUUCUGAGGAGAGCGAAACGGAUUCCAGCUGUUCCACACCGCUCCGUUUCAACGAGUCUUUCACGGUACCACACGACCCGUUGCAGCUGGAUGUCUUGCAGGAUAAACUCCGAGAGCUGGAAGAGGAGAACCUUGCUCUUCGGUCGAAGGCUUGCCAUCUGAAGACAGAAACCAUCACGUAUGAAGAGAAGGAACAGCAGCUGGUCAAUGACUGUGUCAAAGAACUCCGUGAGUAUCCAGGUUGCAUCUUGCAGUGGCAAAAUGGUAUUUGAAAUACCUAGUGUCUAUACCUUCUUAGUUAACCAUGAAUCAGAAAAUGAGCUUCAGUAAUUUAUGCCAGUCAUUCAAGACUUGCUCUUUACCCGAACAUAAAAUUGUUUCUGUAUUUCAUCAAGUUUCACUCUGUCAUUUAAAUGUAGGUACGUAUGUUGUGUUUAUA